AUGUCUAUUCCACUACAGUGUAAUUCGUCUCGGAAAGUAAAUUCUGCUGGCAUUCGUGAAAAAUGGAAAAGACCUGCUCUUUUUCCUAAUUUAUUCAAUUUUAUGAGUACUACUACUACUACUACUAAUAAUAAUAAUUGUGAAUUCGAUUUAGAUAACUCUCCACCCAAUCACCUAGGAUUUUUUCUUUCACAAAUUUUAAAUGCUUCAAAUUUCGUAACUGAACAAAUGAAUGACAAACAAGUACAAAUUGAUUUGUUACUUCUACUCCCACAAGCUCGUAUGACUCGUACAUGCCUUUUAAAAUAUCUGAAUAUGGAGGCGUCUGGUCACUUGAAGUCAUUUCAUUCUCAACAAAGACCUAACAGUCUUGUGCAUUUGGAUGCAUAUUGUAUUAUAUUAUUAUGGAUAGGUCAUGUGGUCACGGUGGCAUCUAUUUUAUCUUCAGAAGAUCAUAUGCCUUUUUGGCUAUUGUAUGCAGUUCAACUAUCGUUUUCUUCAGAUGGGUCUUCUGGAAGUGUGGGAUUUGAUUUACUCGGUGAAAAGAUAAAAAAUAUGCAGAGGACUAGUCCUGAUCCUCUGGUCUCUGCUACCCUACUGGUGUGUGCACAUUGUAUUCACGAAGCAAUUGAAUUACUGUUAAGUUAUGAGAAAGUUGAAGAAGCUUUAAUUCUGGCUCAUUUACGUUUAGAAUCAUCAUCAUCAGAAGUUGUAAUAUACACAGAAAAGUGUAUAAAACGGUUAAUUGAUCAUCGUUCAAGUUCAGUUGAUGAAAAGUCAUUCUUUUCAAUUCUAUUGAAUAUUGGAAAUAAACAAUGGCUAAAUGCUACGAAUAUUAUGAAGAGAUUGAACAACUUGGCUGGCUGGUGUUGGAUUGGUAUUAAUCUUCUUCUUCUAAAUGCACCAUCAUCUUCAAACGAUAAUGAUGAUUAUUUGUCAAAUGAAUGUCAGCGUUUAUCAUCAAUGUGUUUAACAGUUAGUUUUCGGCUAUUUCCAAAAGAACCGCUGUUUCCUAAUCGUUGGUAUGAAGCAUUUUCACGCCUUCUUUCGUCGUCGUCAUCAUUAUUGUCAUCAGAAACUACACCUUGUCCGGGUGUAAUAUGCAGUUUAAUGUUAUAA